GUUGAACCAUCCCAAUGUAGUAAGAGCCUGUGAAGUUCCUGAGGAGAUGAACUUUCUGGUUAACAACGUUCCUCUUCUGGCAAUGGAAUAUUGUUCAGGGGGUGACCUCCGGAAGUUGCUAAACAAACCGGAAAACUGCUGUGGACUUAAGGAAAGUCAAAUACUUUCUCUGCUUAGUGACAUUGGGUCUGGUAUCCAGUAUUUGCAUGAAAACAGAAUUAUACACAGAGAUUUAAAGCCUGAGAAUAUUGUUCUUCAGGAUGAAGGUGGGAAGAUUGUUCACAAAAUAAUAGACCUCGGAUACGCAAAGGAUCUGGAUCAAGGAAGCUUAUGCACUUCAUUUGUUGGAACAUUACAAUAUUUAGCUCCAGAACUCUUUGAGAAUAAAUCCUACUCAGUUACUGUUGAUUACUGGAGCUUUGGAACGAUGGUGUUUGAAUGCAUUGCAGGAUUUAGACCUUUCUUACAUAAUCUACAGCCGUUUACCUGGCAUGAAAAGAUCAAGAAGAAGGAUCCAAAGCACAUCUUUGCUUCUGAAGAGAUGAAUGGGGAGGUUCGCUUUAGUACCCAUUUGCCACAGCCUCACAGCCUCUGUGGUUUAAUUGUAGAACCGAUGGAAAAUUGGUUGCAACUGAUGCUGAAUUGGGAUCCACAGCAGAGGGGUGGAGGUUUAGAUCCUGAAACCAGUCGUCCAAAGUGUUUCCUAAUAAUGGAUCACGUACUGAAUUUGAAGAUAGUACACAUCCUAAAUAUGACCUCUGCCAAGAUUGUUUCGUUUCUCUUGCAUCCCGAGGAAAGCCUUCAUUCCCUUCAGAUUCGUAUUGAGUUUGAAACUGGAAUAAGUACUGGAAAUCAGGAACUGCUGUUGGAAACAGGGAUUUGCCUGGACCCUCGGAAACCUGCUUCCCAGUGUGUUAUUGAUGGCGUAAGAGGCUGGGAUAGCUACAUGGUCUAUUUGUUUGAUAAAAGCAAAACUGUCUAUGAUGGACCCUUUGCUUCUCGGAGUCUGUCUGACUGUGUAAAUUACAUUGUACAGGAUAGUAAAAUCCAGCUGCCAGUUCCUCAGCUGCGCAGGGUAUGGGCAGAAGCAGUUCACUAUGUGAUUGGACUAAAAGAAGAUUAUAGCAGACUUUUCCAGGGCCAGAGAGCUGCCAUGCUCAGUCUUCUCCGAUAUAAUGCCAACCUAAUCAAAAUGAAAAACAAUAUGGUGUCAGCAUCUCAGCAGCUGAAAGCAAAGCUGGAAUUCUUUCAUCAAAGCAUUCGCCUUGACCUGGAGAGAUACAGUGACCAGAUGGCUUAUGGCAUAUCUUCAGAAAAGAUGCUCAAAGCCUGGAAGGAGAUGGAAGAGAAGGCCUCUCAGUGUGCACAGGCUGAAGAUAUUGGAUAUCUGGAUGAGCAGAUCAUGGCUCUGCACACAGAGAUUGUAGAGCUUCAGAAGAGUCCGUACGCAAGGCGCCAAGGAGAGGUCAUGGAGAGCUUGGAACAGAGAGCCAUAGACCUGUACAAGCAAUUAAAAACGAGACCUCCAGAUCAUGCCUACAGUGACAGCACGGACAUGGUGAAGAUCAUUGUGCAGACAGUACAGAGCCAAGACCGAGUUCUCAAGGAGCUCUUUGGCCAUCUCAGCAAGCUCUUGGGCUGUAAGCAGAAGAUCAUUGACUUGCUUCCAAAGAUUGAAGAGGCUCUAAAUAACAUCAAGGAAGCUGACAACUCAGUGAUGCAGAUGCAGGGCAAAAGACAAAGGGAGAUAUGGCAUUUGCUGAAAAUCGCUUGUACUCAGAGCUCUUCUCGAUCACUGGUAAGCUCCAGCCUGGAAGGGACAACCUCAACUCCAGCAGCCACGUGGCUCCCACAGAGCUCCUCAGGGAACAUACCUCACCCUCUGUCACCUAUGGCCACUCCUGAAAAUGAGGAAAAUUUUGUCCAUGUGAUAGAAGAGAAUCUGAAUUACCUCGAACUCUUUAGCAGUAUUUUGCAGGAGGCGAGACAGGAGCAGAACAACAGCAUGAUGAGUUUUGAUUGGAGCUGGCUGAAAUAG